AAAUAGAUCUUUAUUAAUUCACUACAAAAUUUUGAAUUUUUUUUCUGAAUUGUCGGGAAGCGCAAAAGUGUUACCGCACCACUAAAAUCGACGAUGACAUACCAACAGUGAAUGAUUUGACCCACAGAGUCUCUCUCUCGAUUUGGGAUUCGAGACGAAACCCUAGCUCUGAUUUUUUAUUCCGAUGGAGUCGGGCGAGCGGCGCAAUGGCGAUUCGAUGAGUCACAAUCACCGCGCUCCGAAGAAGCCACGCCUCGCUGGGUUAUUAACCGAGUCAGAUAUCGACUCCGAGUUCGCUCACCACCAGACCGGUGUUGCCAGGAUCAACAACGGUAGCUUCGGGUGCUGUCCCGGCUCCGUUCUCGAGGCGCAGCGUGAGUGGCAGCUUCGUUAUCUUCGUCAGCCUGAUGAGUUCUACUUCAACGGUCUCCGUCGUGGACUUGUCGCUUCUCGAACUGUGAUCAGUGACCUAAUCAACGCCGAUGAUGUUGACGAGGUCUCGCUCGUUGAUAACGCCACCACUGCUGCAGCUAUUGUUCUUCAGAAAGUUGGAAGGUGUUUCUCGGAAGGGAAGUAUAAGAAGGAAGAUACGGUUGUGAUGUUUCACUGUGCGUUUCAGAGUGUGAAGAAGUCGAUUCAGGCUUAUGUCUCUCGUGUGGGAGGUUUUACUGUUGAGGUUAGGUUACCUUUCCCUGUUAAUUCGAACGAAGAGAUUAUCUCCAAGUUUAGAGAAGGAUUAGAGAAAGGUAGAGCGAAUGGUAGAACGGUUAGGUUAGCUAUCAUUGACCAUAUAACGUCGAUGCCGUGUGUUUUGAUGCCGGUACGAGAAUUGGUUAAAAUCUGCAGAGAAGAAGGUGUGGAGCAGGUUUUUGUUGAUGCAGCUCAUGCCAUUGGUAGUGUUAAAGUUGAUGUUAAAGAAAUCGGAGCUGAUUACUAUGUGAGUAAUCUGCAUAAAUGGUUAUUUUGUCCGCCGUCUAUCGCGUUUUUCUAUUGUAAGAAACGUGGUUCUGAGUCUGAUGUUCAUCACCCUGUGGUGUCUCAUGAGUUUGGAAAUGGUUUGCCUAUAGAAAGUGCCUGGAUUGGGACUAGGGAUUACAGUUCGCAGCUUGUGGUUCCAUCGGUAAUGGAGUUUGUAAACAGGUUCGAGGGAGGGAUCGAAGGGAUUAUGAUUAGGAACCAUGAUGAAGCUGUUAGAAUGGGGUUAAUGCUGGCUGAUGCUUGGGGAACGAAUCUCGGGUCACCUCCUGAAAUGUGUGUUGGGAUGGUUAUGAUCGGUUUACCUUCAAAACUUUGUGUUGAAAGUGAUGAAGAUGCUACUAAGUUGCGGUCAUAUCUGCGGGUGCAUUACUCAGUCGAGGUUCCAGUUUAUUUUCUCGGAUUGAGGGAUGGAGAGGAAGGAGUGAAAGACAAAGACAGUGGACUAAUUACUGCCUAUGUUCGGAUCUCUCAUCAGAUUUAUAACAAAACUGAGGAUUAUGAGAGAUUGAGAGACGCAAUAACAGAGUUAGUCAAGGAUCAAAUGACUUGUCAAAACCUUCCUUCAGGGUAGUAACAAGGUAUACUUUGAUAAUCCACAAGGGCCUCAUUUAGACUCUUUCAUAGAUCAAGCACAUGUUUCGGGUGUAACAAUAAGGCGUUGGAAGAGCCACGGGAAAAGAUUCCAGAGAUAACAUUUAUUGAUGAGGUUGUGGAGGAGCGGCUUGCAAUGGAAGAAGAAGCUAACCUUGAGAGGUCCUUUCUUUUAUUAGUCUUUUUAACGUUUAACGGCUUUGUAUGAUGAUUAUUGCAAAUAAAAUCAUGUCCGUCUAAUCUAUCUUCCUCAAACAUUCUGCUUUCGAAUCGUCGCAAUUCCAAUAACUUUUCCUUAUUGAAAACUUUUUAUUAUCU